AAAAGUUUCUUUUAAACUUUAUAAAAACAUAAUACAAUUUUAAAAUGAACUCAGCCGUAAUAAAAUUAACUAAAAUCAGCACAAACAAACGUUUAUUUAUGUUUAAAUUAUCAUAUCACAGUCAAGAAAAGGUCUAGAUAGUAUAGAAGAAACGUGGAAUGAAAAAAUCAAACAGAUAAUGUACAGCGUAUAUGGAAAGGAAAACUUACCUAAGUUGUGGAGGAAAUUUAGUGAUUUCAAUGAAUGUAUACUUAAAGAGAAGCGCGGCAAUAUCUGCCUCCACUUGCUGAAAGACAUCAAGUGUCCCACGCAGCUGAUAUGCGGACAAAAAGACCCGUUGACUAAGAUUGAGAACGGCUGGUUACUGCACGCUUUAAUUGAGAACUCCAGGAUACAUAUAUACCCAGAAGGCAAACACAACCUGCAAAACAAAUAUCCUGAAGACUUUAAUGUAAGAGUGCAGGAUUUCCUGAAGGCUGAUGAGGAAUUGUCGGGGAUUACGCUGACAACAUCGCAGUUCCUGAGAGAUGAUGAAGAGGAUAAUAAUAAAAUAGCGAAUGCAAACUUUUUUUAAUGAGACUAUUUUUUACUGAUUGUUAAAUUUGAAGUAAAUAAACAAAAUCCCAACUACUGUAAAUAAUGAAACAGUAAAAAUUUCCACAUGGUGUCAAAAUAAAUUUCAGAAGAACUAUGUAUUUUAUGGAUGGGGGAGAGUUGAAACAUAGCGAUCAGGCCGCCUAUUGUAUUUUUUUCCUCGUCUACAAUACGCAUUAUAAUAAAAUUAUAAAAUAUAUACAUUAUGAACAAGAUCUAUCAUGUGCAUUUGUUUAAGUGGUGUUUGAUUAAGUUAUUUGCUGCCAUGUAUUAUAUUCUAAUCUAUUAUUGUGUGUAUACAUUAGAAAGAAGUACCUAUUUAAAAAAUACAAAUUAAUUCCUUAUCUUUGUGUAACAGUAACUUUCAAGUUCUUACUCAAUAAACUGAGUGGCUAGAGAUACCGUGCUCUGAAGUCUAAAUAAGUCACGCUCGUAUGGCGUGGUAUGUUAAGCUUGGACCGCCUAACUUACUCACGAAGUUGUCCUUACAAGUGACAAGCCUUUCAACAGUUUCAACUGAUACGGGUUACUAAAAUUAACUAGUCAAGUUCAUUAAUAUGUAGAGGUACACUUGUACACUUUAGUAAUUUGUCCCAUUGCGAAUUCGAUUAGUUUGAAACGAAACUAUGUAUGUAUAAGUACCUAUAUGGUUGAGGUUAAUGUACGUAUAGAGUUAAACAGGGAUCGAUUCACUUUCUAAAAACUAAAGACAUUCAUAAUUAUUAUAAUAUUUUAUUUAAUUUAAGAUAAGUCUUAUUUUCGUUCAAAUUUUAUAUUUAACUUUAUUCUGUUAGGUACUUUAGUAUUUUUAUGUCUAUCUAUUUAUAGUGCUCUGUAUAAUGUUGUUAAUAAA